AUGCCUCUCCUCACUAUCAACCACAUCUUCCUCACCUUCCUCUAUAUCUCUCUCACUAGGGCAUUCUCUUUCGUACCUAAAGCCCAUUGCACGACCAUCGAGGCUAGGAAAAAGAACCCCAAAUCUGGAACCCCAAAAGUUGCGAUCGAAGGUGAAGAGGGACUUUCCUACGGAGAAAUUGCGGGCAUAGUCGUGGGAUGUGUGAUCGCUCUGGUUAUUCUAGCGCUGGUUGCGUGGUGUGUGUAUAGGGUGUGGGUUAGGAAGCGGGAGGGGAAAAGAAAUUCGAGGACUGGCGAGGGAGGUAUGGAGUUGAUGAGCGGUGUGGAGGGGAAGACGGGACUUAAUGGUGCUGAAGAGGCGGUGAAGUGA